CUACAGGAGUUGACCAGAGAGUUGACCAGAGACUGCGGACAUACUACAGGAGAUGACCAGAGACUGCGGACACAGUACAGGAGAUGACCAGAGACUGCGGAUACAGUACAGGAGAUGACCAGAGACUGCAAAUAUAGUACAGGAGAUGACCAGAGACUGCGGACAUAGUACAGGAGAUGACCAGAGACUGCGGACAGUACAGGAGAUGACCAGAGACUGCGGAUACAGUACAGGAGAUGACCAGAGACUGCGGACAGGAGAUGACCAGAGACUGCGGAUACAGUACAGG